GUCAGUGGUCGCGGCAGCCACGGAGUGGCGCAGGAGUGUGUGUGUGUGUGUGUGUGUGUGUGCGCGCGGGGCGGCUCCACUUUCAAACACAGCGCCCAUCUUUAACACAUAACCAAAAAAUAACCGGACGGACCCCGUCCCGUAGCGAGAUACCGACGUUCAUGCAUGACGUGAAGCCCAGGUAAUGAGGAAAGACAACAGAGAGAGGAAGGACACGCAAGAUGAUCGAAACAAUGGAUACCCAGCAUUGUCUGCAGGCGGUGGAGAGGUUACAGUCUCGCUUGAAAGAAAAGGGAGCAGAUGUUCCUGCUGAGGAGAAGCUGAAUCUUCUGAAGGCGGUCCUGCAGAGUCCUCUGUUUCACCAGAUCCUCGCCCUGCAGAAAUCAGUGCAGCAUCUGAAGGAGCAUACUCCAUAUAUUAACUCUGAUCUGAAGGGCAGCACUGAAGGAUUCUCAGCUCAGCUCAAUGGACAAACUUCAUCUGAAGAGUACAAACACAUCAUCCGCUCCAUGGCUCAGGGUCGGUACGUGACUCAAAUCGACCUGCUGAAGCCGGUAUCGGGUGGUUUGGGCUUCAGUGUUGUUGGCUUGUGUAGUGAGAACCGUGGAGAACUUGGCAUCUUCAUUCAGGAGAUUCAGGCUGGAAGUGUGGCAUACAGCGAUGGAAAACUAAAGGAGGGAGAUCAGAUACUGGCGAUUAACGGUCAGCUGUUGGAUCAGAGCGUCAGUCACCAGCAGGCCAUCGUUCUCCUGCAGCAAGCGUCGGACCGCGUGAGCCUCACUGUCGCCCGUGGGCCUGUCCCGCAGCUCUCCAGCCCGGUGGUGUCCAGGACUCCCAGUGCUGCUAGCACACUUUCAGCACACUCCAGUGCGACCCACUGGACUCACGUGGAGAUGAUCGAGCUGGUGAACGAUGGAACCGGUUUGGGCUUCGGGAUUGUUGGCGGUAAAACCACCGGCGUUAUUGUCAAAACCAUCCUACCUGGAGGCAUCGCUGACCAGGACGGUCGCUUGCGCGGUGGGGAUCACGUCCUGCGGAUCGGUGAUACGGAUCUGUUUGGUCUGAGCAGUGAGCAGGUUGCUCAAGUGUUGAAACAAUGCGGGAACAGAGUCCGACUCCUCAUCAGCCGCAGGACAGCGGAUGAUGCUCCUCCCACUCCUGUCACCCUGCCAACCGUCACUGAGCAACAGGGUUUUGAGGAAGAGGAGCAGGGCUCUUUCGAUGUGAGCUUGACGAAGAACGCUCAGGGUUUAGGCAUCACCAUCGCGGGGUAUGUGGGUGACAAAACCUCAGAACCCUCUGGGAUAUUCGUGAAGAGCAUUUCGAGGGACAGCACGGUGGAGCAAGAUGGCCGAAUUCAUGUCGGGGAUCAGAUCAUAGCUGUGGCUCAAGUGGAGAAGAUCAGUGAGAACAGCGGUUUAGGGAUCAGUCUGGAUGUGUGUGCCGGCCGUCACAUCCUCCGCUCAGUGCUUCCUGAGGGACCCGUCGGGCGAUCGGGAAAAAUCUGUAGUGGAGACGAACUGCUAGAGGUGCCGGGUGAGUUUGAGGAUUUCCUGGUCUCUGGCGAAUCAGAGGACAGCCUGAAAGAUCAUGUGACUGAAGAGCCCACUGGAACGCCGUUAGCGAUGUGGGAAACGGAGAUUCAGGACAUCGAACUCGAGAAAGGAGAGAGCGGACUGGGCUUCAGCAUUCUGGAUUAUCAGGACCCAAUGGACCCACUCAAGACGGUGAUUGUGAUUAGGUCGUUAGUUCCUGACGGCAUAGCGGAGCGAGACGGACGCUUGUUGCCAGGAGACCGUCUCAUGUAUGUCAACAACAUCAACCUGGAGAGCGCCAGUUUGGAAGAAGCAGUGCAGGCUCUUAAGGGAGCAAACAUGGGCGCCGUAAACAUCGGGGUGGCCAAACCACUGCCUACUGGGGAUGAGGAUGGCUCUUCCUCCUUCAUCUCGGCUCUGCUGCUGACGGAGGGCUGUGAUGGUGAUGAGGAGGAUGAAGCUGUGUUCCGCGCUGAACCUGCAGUGAUUGACUCUAGUGAUUUAGACCUGUCUGAUGAAAAGGCUUUUGAGCUUCAUUUUCUGGAGGAGGAGGACGAGAUGCUGCAGUCGAUGAUCGCUGAGCAUGGCAGUAUCUGCAGCGCUGAUCUGACCUAUCAGAAGAACAGACCCGCCUCCACACCGAAGGAGGAGGAUUUGCUUCCAGAUGAACCCGCAGACGAGGCCCAGCAGCUAAACGCAGCGGCGGGGAGCAGCUUCGAGAGGACCAUCACUGUGGUCAAGGGCAACUCCAGUCUAGGCAUGACAGUGUGUGCGCUGAAGGACGGGCCUGGGAUGCUGAUCCGCAGCAUCAUUCACGGCGGCUCCAUCAGCAGAGACGGCCGGCUCAGGGUCGGGGACCUGAUUCUGGCCAUCAACGGAGAACCGACGGGAAACCUGACCAACGCUCAGGCGCGAGCCGUGCUGCGCAGACACUCUCUGAUCGGACCAGACCUGGGAUCCACAGGUGCUGCGGGGGAAGAGCUGAGCCCCGUCUCUGUAAUCACGUAUGUUCCUGCAGAAUAUUUAGAGGAAUACAGGGCGAGCCAGCAGCUCCAGAGUGAUGAUCUCUCUGAUGGCAAAAACAACACUCAACAUCAGACGGCCUCAGAUCUUCCAGAGAGAGAAGAUGGAGAGGGACAGGAGAGUGAACGACAGACAGCAGCUUCCAACAGCUGGAAUCUACCACGGAGAGUGGAGUUGCACAGGGAAGCUGGGAAAUCUCUGGGCAUCAGCAUUGUUGGUGGGCGGGGCAUGGGCAGUCGCCUUAGCAACGGGGAAGUGAUGCGGGGCAUCUUUAUUAAACACAUCCUGGAGGACAGUCCAGCGGGACGCAACGGCACACUGAAGACAGGAGACAGGAUUUUAGAGUGCUCAGAAAGACAGGACUGGACCGCUUUGCAUCUGUCUCUCGCUCUGCACCUCAUCUGUCUGUCUGUCUCUCAGCCUGACUCUCUGUAUAGUUUUGAUUCACCUCCUGUCAUAGAGAAAUACGGAACUGUUUUAAAAUGCGUCCCUGUGCCAAAGUGUCAGUGGCAGACAUCUGCGCUGGAUGCAGUGGAAGACAUUUCAGCCUUCGAUCUGAAGAGCAGCGGUGAGAAGCUGAAUCGAGAGGAGGGGAAAAGCUUCCUGUCGACACCCGUCCUGUCGUUGCCUGUCGUUCCACAUGUCGGGGAAACAGAUUCGGACACGCUGACUGAGAUUCCCGACAGACUCGUUCUUCAUAACGACGGUGCUGAUGAGGAAGAGGAGAAUGAGUACAGAUACAGCUGGAAGAAGGUAACAGAGCGGUACGGUCGUUUACCGGGUCAGCUGGACAUGAUCGAGUUGGAGAAGGGUCACACGGGUCUGGGUUUGAGUCUGGCAGGGAACCGGGAUCGUUCACGCAUGAGUGUGUUUGUGGUGGGCAUCGAUCCCAACGGCGCCGCCGGCCGAGAUGGACACAUUGUGGUGGGAGAUGAACUGUUAGAGAUAAACGGUCAGGUUCUGUAUGGCCGCAGUCAUCAGAACGCCUCUGCCAUCAUUAAAAGUGCCCCUUCAAAGGUCAAGAUCAUCUUCAUCCGGAACAGAGAUGCUUUGAGUCAGAUGGCUGUCGGGCCGAUGAAGGAGACGGACUCACCGGACUCACACACAGAGACUGAGACGCCCAGCUCAACACUAGACGUGAUCCAGCACGUAACUCUUCCUGUGGAGGAUGGAGGGCUGGGUUUGGUCCUGAAGGAGGAUGACAGCAGGAGCGGAUGCAUCAUUCAGAGUCUGGAUGAGAACGGAGCGGCUGGAAGGGUGAUGUCACUGCUGCAGAAAGCCCAGCAAUCAGUGAAACUCACCAUCUGCACUGACUCCGCCUCCCAACCCUCCUCAUCCAAUCAGAUUUGCUCGGGAUCAGACGCUGGAAGCAGCCUUCCGCUGGUUUCUCUGACAUCAUCAGAGACAGAGCCAAUCAGGAAUUCGAGCAGAUGCUCCACACCGGCGACUUUGGCGUGUGAUCCGGCGACGUGUCCCAUCAUCCCCGGCUGUGAGACCACUAUAGAGAUCAGCAAGGGCAGAACAGGACUGGGGCUGAGCAUCGUGGGCGGCUGUGACACGCUGAGCGACACAGGGGUGUUUGUGUCAGACAUUGUGAAGGGUGGAGCGGUGGAGACAGAUGGACGGCUAAUGCAGGGAGAUCAGAUCCUCUCGGUUAACGGCGAGGAUGUUCGUUCAGCCACUCAAGAGUAUGUGGCCGCGCUGCUCAAGAGUUGUGCUGGUCCAAUCAGAUUGGAGGUGGGUCGUUUUAAGGCGGGGCCUUUCCACUCGGAGCGCCGUCUGUCUCAGAGCAGUCAGAUCAGCGAGACGGGCAGCGGGAAAGUCACUGCAGCUUUACAGGGAGACACCGAGAAAACAUACGGAUUGCUGGAUAGAGACGUCAGGACGGCUGAAUUCACAAAGGGCCCGUCAGACUCUCUGGGCAUCAGUAUAGCAGGAGGGGUCGGCAGUCCUCUGGGUGAUGUGCCCAUAUUCAUCGCCAUGAUGAACCCCAGCGGCCUGGCAGCUCAGACGCAGAAACUCUGGAUUGGAGACAGGAUUGUAUCUAUCUGUGGAGACUCGACUGAGGGAAUGACUCACAAUAAAGCUGUUUCACUGCUGAAGAACACGACAGGCAUCAUUCAGCUACAGGUCGUUGCUGGCGAUACAACAGUGACUGGACCGUCAGCAGAGCAGACAGCAGGACUCACAGCCAGCAGCAUUUUUCACGAUGACCUGGGUCCUCCGCAGUGUAAGAGCAUUAGUUUGGAGCGAGGGCCUGACGGACUGGGCUUCAGUAUCGUGGGUGGGUUCGGCAGCCCUCACGGUGACCUUCCCAUCUACGUCAAAACCGUCUUCAGCAAGGGGGCCGCGGCAGAGGACGGGCGUCUGAAGCGUGGGGAUCAAGUCAUCGCCGUUAACAGCCAGAGUCUGGAGGGAGUCACUCAUGAGGAGGCCGUCUGUAUUCUGAAGAAAACCAAAGGAACCGUCACACUCACUGUGCUGUCAUGAACACACACAGGUCCUGCAGUUGUUUCAAACACUGCGAAUUUUACAG